ACCAGAACGACUGACGUCAAGAGUAACUACUACAACUUGUGAGUCAGCGAAAUUCAACACAAAAACUAGACAAUUUGUUGCAAGUAGAUUAGCAAGUUAGUUGAGGUACGUUGAUCUGGUUGACUCUCUUCAAUUCUUGCGCGUGAACAUUAUUAGUCUUAAGUUUUGAUUAAUAUCGGCGUUAGAAAUCAUCCGAUUUCGAUGUAAGUGUUUUAAUUUUGAUUGAGUUAUAUAUUGCAUUGAUAAGCUGUCUUUCAUAGCUAUCUGUGGCCUUACUGUUCUGUUUAGGAUUACGUACUCUAGAUUGCAUUGGCCAGGAUCAAUAUUGUGACAUCUAAAAUGAAGUAUUUCCUGUGCUAAGUGAUUAAAAUGGCAACAAAAUUUAAAACAGCAAUUUCUCAUUCAAAUUUUUAUCAAACCUUUAUUCAUCUAGAAAAUAAUAAGAGAGUGGUCUAGCAUAAGUUUAUUUAUUUUGCAAAGUUCUUAUCAAAAAACGUUUUUCAUUUUUGUUGUUAUUUUGGCAGAUUAAUAUAACAUUGUUUUAAUUUUGUAUAGCAAAGGAAAUUAAAAGUUGAGAGCCACAUAUAGUAACCAUUGUUAGAAAUAUCUCCAAUAUAAUGUGGUCUUUAACUUUUUGUGUUAUCAUUUUUUAGGUGCAGCAGAGGAGCAGUAAUGUGCAUUAUUUUUCUGUAUUUCUGUGAUAAUCCAACUCCUGAUGGGUAUCGUCUAAUCAUAGCUUCAAACAGAGAUGAAUUUUAUUCAAGACCAACUGCCUUUGCAAAGUUUUGGAGCAAAAAUCCCAGUGUAAUUGCAGGUUGGACCCUUUUUUCUCAUUUUCUGUUUCUACUGAUAAGGUUUUGCUUUUGUAAUGACUGAAUCAUUUGCAUUUUUAACUCUCAAAAUUAGAGCACAUAAGGAGCUAAGGAGUUGUGCGGCAAGACAUGGUUCCUACAAUCUGGGAAAAAGUAUUGAAUUUUACCAGUCGUCUUGAAAGUCCUUGAAUUUGGUUUAAGUCCUUGAAAAGUCCUUGAACUUCACAACCUUGUCUAUGCCAGACACCUUUUCUGUUAACUUAGAUUUUUGUGCAUAAACAAUAUUUUAUUUCUGUUUCUUUACUUUAAAUGCUGUUUCUGUACUACCUCAGAUGCAAUUGCAAGUCGUACCCAGUCAUUUUGCAAAGUCUUGUUGCGGAAAGUAGUACACAUAAAAAUGUGAUCACCAAUGGCCAAAGAGGUAAAAAUGAUAAAUGACUCCAUGAUGUAUUUUAGGUAAUAGGGUGAUGUAAGAGGGUUAAAGAAUGCUGAUUAAUUAUCAUAUAAAUCUUAGUCCUUGAAAACUGUAAUUUGUCUUUGCAAAAUCUUUGAAAAGUCCUUGAAAUUAGGCAGGUACAAAAGUCGGACCGGAUCAACUCGGACCGCCAGUCCGGGUCGGAUCAACUCGGAUCGACUCGGACCAACUCGGAUCGAAUAAAAAAAUAAAAAUAAAAUAAAAUUGGACGCGGAUCAACUCAGAUCAUAAAAAAAAACAACUCAGAUUAUAAAAAGAAAAAUAAAAUCAGUCAGUAUCACUUAACUUUCACCCGCCAUUUUGUUUUUUUCUCACGAACUCGUGGUUGCGUAAAUUAAUUUUAUUUUUAUUUUUAUUAAUUUUCAUGAUACACUAGUGAGCAGCACACAUACACUUCCAGUGAACAUUUUCAACUUGGAAGGAGGAGAAACCAUGCUCGCCCGGGACAAAGGAAAUUUCCAUGCCCUUGGCAAGAAUCAAACUCGCGACCCUCCAGUUCAGUGGUUGGAACGUCCGAUAAACAUGUGGUAUUCGGAGGGUCGUGAGUUCAAUUCUCGCCCGGGGUACGAAAAUUUUCGUUGUCCUGGGCGAGCAUGAUUUCUCCUCCUUCCAAGUUGAAAAUGUUCACUGGAAGUGUAUGUGUGCUGCUCACUAGUGUAUCAUUAAAAUGAAUAAAAUAAAAAUAAAAUUAAUUUACGCAAUUUAUUUUUUUUUAAAAAAACAAAAUGGCAGGUGAAAGUUAAGUGAUACCGACUGAUUUUAUUUUUCUUUUUAUAAUCCGAGUUGUUUUUUUUAUGAUCCGAGGUGAUCCGAGUCCAAUUUUAUUUCAUUUUUAUUUUUUUAUUCGAUCCGAGUUGGUCCGAGUCGAUCCGAGUUGAUCCGACCCGGACUGGCGGUCCGAGUUGAUCCGGUCUGACUUUUGUACCUGCCUCUUGAAAUUUGUUUUUUGAAGUUGUACGAACCAUGGCAACAUGAAAGGAGAGAAGAAAAGAGAAAGGCUGUAGAUAUUUGCGUCACAUUUUCUGCAAGUUCACGUGUUGCUUGGCCUUAAAAUGCAAAGUUAACCCAUUCGGUCCUGGAGAUUUUGCCGAAAAACGCGUUUUGAAGCUAGUCGAGUGGUUUUCUGGUCACUGUCGUGCUAUAAAGAGCUAAAACUUACCACAAACUGGUUUACAGGUCGAACACUUCGCGGCCUUCUGAUCCAGAUGCAAAAUAUCAGCUUGGGAAGUUCGGGCAUGCGCAGAUAGCAAAACUUCGAGAUAGUUUUUGGGUUUAAAAGUGACACAGCAGUCUUGACUUUUACUUUUCGCUUUCUCUCCUCCCUUCUUUUUUUUUGCUUUCUUGCCUCAUUUUUUUUUUUUUUGCUGGGCAUUUAGUAGGCUUCAUUUUGGUGGGAAAAGUUUUCAGGAAAGCUCUUAGGAUCUUAGGAUUAGGUGAAAGGAAAGGUAGGUGGGUAAUGGAACAAGAUUUUCAUGGAGAUUUUCAGGUCAAUGUCACGUGGUUUUUUGCUUCUUUCUCCGGUGUCCUUGACUAAAUUGUGCUCAUUCUGGUAUGGUUUGAAAGAUCUCUUCACUCUGCACAAGUUAGCGAAGAAAGUUGUUGUUGACCGUUAAAACUGAUGACGUCACAAAGGGUAGAAAGGACCUGGAUCCGCACGGGCGGUUCAGGGGCGAAUGGGUUAAUAGAUUAAAUACCAGUAGAAAUUAAAGUGAUUGCUCUUCGAUUUUGUUCACGCAUUUGCCUCAGAAGAUUUUUGUUGCAAAAGAGACCAUUUGAAGCUAUAUUGCUCAAGCAGCUUCUUAACUAUCAACUGUAAGCACUUCGUGGCUUGUUUGGGCUGGUAUUUUAUUCCUGGUGCAGACAAAUACAAAUGACAAUGUACCUCGUUGUACAUCAACUCAAAAAUCGACAAAUCAAAAUUGGACAUGGCUGUUUUUACCCAUUGGCAAAUGACCGUGCGGCUUCUCAAAGUUGUCACUUUGAUAAAAAACAAGAUACUUCGGCGCAGACCCAACCAUGCAACAAACUAUAGAGCGAAAAAUAUUCAUAAAAAUUAGGCUUAAAAAAUUAUCUCUGAAUGUAACUAGAAUAAUCAGUAAAACAUAUUUUCAAAUAAAAUUCAGUAGCUGUGUAUCGAAAAGUGCCCAAAAACUCACCGAAAUCUCUCGGAGAAGUGAUGCGUGUAAUGUCAGCAGCAUAAAAGUCAACUUGGAUAUUUUUCUCUCACGAUCAUGUUUUAAGCCAAUGUUAUGAAUGACCAAACACAAAUCAAUAGACAGAGAAAUAAUUUCUUGAAAAAUUUCAUUGAAAAAAAUCCCUUAGUUAAUCCUUAAAAGCAAUUCAUGGAACACUUACUAGAUCAUGGAUCUGUUUAUGCAAGUAAAAAUUGGCUGAGCACAUGGCAAAAUUCAACACAAAAUCAUGCCAUCUCCAAUCAGGGCACGUUUUGUAAUUUUUUCUUUAAACAUUGAUACCAAAAUGAAUUAAACGUCUAUGACACAUUCAUAAAUACAUAAAUUUCGAUUUAAAAAAGUAAUUUCCUUGAUCAUAGAGUAAAAAAUGUACCUCAAAAUUCUCCAUAACGUAGCUGCCUUGGUUGCAUUUCAAAACAGGUCAAGUGCUCAACUUUGAAGAAAACAAGGUUGAAUUCCUUGAAGAACAAUUUCAUGAUAAAAGCGUUCCUUUGCCCACAAAAAGAAAACUGAGCUUUCUUCUGAACUUUCUCGAUAACCUGUACAAUGAAUAGAAAUCUCACACUGUUGAGUUUAUCCAAAAUUCGCCUGUUUGUUGGUAUAAAACAUAUAAAGCUUAAGCUUAAGCUUACUAAUGCCUCUCCACCAAAGAACUGACAAAAAUGAAAUGGCCGAAGACCACAUCAGGGGUAAAAAUUGCAGAGAAGGUACUGUAAAGUCUAACGUGGUAUUCAAAUCGCAACAGUACAAUUAAAUCAUGUCUGUAUCUUCCCUGCAGAUGGGAGCUUGAUGGAGUUGUUUGCUCAAUACAUCCAUCUUCAAAGUGAUGAUGUCACAAACCAAUUCGAUAAUAUAUUUUGGUGCAAUGCAUCAUGGGAGGACUGCAUAAUCCUCCUUUGAACAUUUCCAACACCCUGUGAACAAAUGAUGAAAACUAAUAUACGUACUUUGCAUGGACACAAAUUCUGCAUAAACCUAUAAGAUAAACUUGUGAAAAAUUGACUGAAAUAUAGCAUUCACAUGACUAAAGCAUAGUGUAAAACCAGUUCAUUUAGUUUUUAUGAUAUUUGUAUUGUUUUUGACGUUAGUUAAACUAGUUGCUUCUCAGUUCUUCUAGAAAAAAGAAGCCAACUUCUCUGUAGCCUGUUCACAGACCCUUUAUUUUCUCUUAAAAGUCCGCCAAGUGUGUGUGAUAAAAAUAAAAACAGCGGGGAAUUAAAUGACCACUAGCGCAUGAGGGCAGGGGUGGGGGAAGAAGAAAUUAGACAGUCUGUAGACAUCUUUGAAUACAACUACUGAAACUUGCUUUUCCCAGGAAAAGCAAAUUACCGAUUAUCCUGUCAUCAUUAUGUCAAUGACUCAUUAGAAGUCUUAGUCAAUGCCUGGACAUGAUCACCGCAACACUUACGUAUAUUGCCAUUUGCAUAAAUAAAACAUAACUUUGAUUGAAAGCACCGCUGACUGGUGAACUUUGGAUGCAGUCAUACUACAAACUUGUGCUGACCAUGUCCUUUGUAUCUUUGUGAUUGGAAUUUAGAAGAUUGAAAUUGGCUUGACAAGUGUUUGGCACAGUUACUCAAAGAAGAGCAGCUUUAGGCUGUUUUGGAUUUAGUGGAGUAAAAGCAUAAUGGCGGUUCUUCCCACAGGUUUUGGGAAAAGUUUAAUUUAGUGGUUGUUCGCAGCGGUGAAACUCAGUUUGUACCUUUACAUUAACAGGAUAUGCCUAGAAUUAUUGACGUAUAAACAGAGCCCACAUAUCCUACAGUAAUCUGACGGGCCGAUUUGUUUCAGCUUCGGACCUCUCUUAGCUGGCUUUUUCAGAGUUGAAGUAGACAUGCUUCAACAAAAGUACGAACAAAUCCGCAACUCCGGACGUUAUUGUUUUCACACAAGCAAUCUAUAUCUCCGAUAUCAUUAGUCCAAUUUAAUGGGUAUUUCAAAUGCGGAAGUGAUAAUGAUAAGGCGUUGAUAUGGGGGAGGGACUUUUAAAAUAUUACAGAUGUUCGUCAUUUUUUCUUUCUUGCUCGUUGUUUCACUUCACGUUCCCUCUAGUAGUGUGCUUGCCGAUUAUCAAAAAGAAAAUAAAGCAACGUUUGUGAACAUGCUCACUUCUCUGAGUAAAGUAGCCGACCGUCAGUGCUUAUUGAAAAAACCGUGGUUGUGUAACAGAAAAGUUAUGAAUCACCAGGAGAGUAUUCUGUUAAAUAGCUGUCACAAUGCAGAUGAGGUACGAGUGAUUUAAACAAAAUAUUUGUUUCCUUAUUCGUCAUUUUGCUCCAAGUUUUGGAAAUUUCCUUUCUAAAUUUCUGUUUAUAAUAAGUUAUGUUUUUUACAUGUAAGGAUUUUUUCAUUUGCUUUUACAUUGUAGGCUUGGUUUAGAAGAUCCCUUAACUUGAAUCUGCUUCACAAGGUCCCUGUCAAAGUUAUCCUUCUUUUGUACAUAGGGCCACUUAGAGAAGUUAAAGUUUGAAAGAGCCUGAGAAAACUACUGAUAUUUUGGGACAACACCACUAGUUUUCUUCAUGAUACGUCAUCUAACGAAACAACAACGAUAAUAAUAAAUUACAUUUUUUGGAAUGCAUGUUGCAUUGCCUCAGUGCAUUUACAGAAAUGAAAAUCUAUCAUGGCCUUAGAUGACAAUCAAUAAAUUAAAAAAAGAUAUGCUAUAAUGCUAAAAUGCUAAUAAAUGCUAUAAAGAAAUGCUAUAAGAAUACGUCCUAAAAGAGAUAGGUCUUGAGUUUCCUUUUAUAAGAAUCUAAGGAACUGUCUGGUUGUUCCAUAGGUGGAAGUGAAGGUUUUGGGGACAGCAUAUGCACAGAAUGCAAGGAAUGUGUGGGACAUAAGUUUCUAGCAACUGAGUCACUCAGAUAUUCCGGAGCGCAGCCAUUGAUGAUUUUAAUUUAAGUCAUUAUUCUGUGUUCAACAGGGAGCCUGUGCAGUUUUUGCAAUGAUGGAGUUAUGUGGUCUCGGGGUUAUAUUUCAUAACUAAUCUUGCUGCAGAGUUCUGUUGGCACUGUAAUUUGCUAAUGUCCUCAAGUAGCAGUCCAUACAGUAAACUAUUGCAAUAGUCUAGCUUUGAUGUAAUUAAGGCAUGGACUAGUUGCUCCACAUUAUCCUGAUCAAGAUAUUUCCUAAGUCUGCUGAAGUUUCUUAGAGCAAGAGAGGCGGAGCAACAUAUACUUUUUUAUAUUGCUAGACAUGUAUAGCAAGAUGAUUGUCAAAACUACACUGAGGUUUCACGCUUCUUUACUGGUAGAUUCCACAUGAUGACUUAUGUUAAUACCAGCUAGUGGAGGCACACUUAUUAACCUAGAAUGAAAAUAAACAAUCUCAGUUUCAAAUUUACAGCAAAGUUUGUUAGCUACGAAAAAUGCCUGGAUAUCAGAAAUACAAUGUUUAAGUUUAGCUGAGGCCAUGUGUCUGCUAUAUACACCCCUGUAUCUGGAUUCACAAUGACAUAGCAUUGUAAGUUGUCAGCAUACACCAUGCAAUCAAGUUCAUGGGACUUGAUUACAUUCUCCAGAAAUCCAUACUGGAAUAUAAGUCGAAGCAGAUGUCCCUUGCAGCAUGGCUGGGUACCAGUCAGAAGUAAACAGUUCUGGAUAAAUUAGUGUCAUCAUCAGCUUGAAAUUUCUGCCGUUUGUGAGACAUCAUUUUUAAGGGAAAUUUUUGGUGGCAUUGCAAAAUUGCAGCUGUUUUCUUGUGGAGUUAUAGGGUAGUUAAAACCAAGUCUGAAGGUUUAAUGAUUUCUACCUCACUUUUAACAGGUAUGGAUCUGGAAGCGGGCAGAGAAGGUGGUACUUGGCUUGGGAUGACCAAAGAUGGAAAAUUUGCAGCCAUCACAAACUAUAGACAAGCACCAAAGUUCACUGAUCCUAAUGCAACUGGAAGAGGACAUCUUGUAGCAGAUUUUUUAGAGGGUGAUGGCAAUGUAAGAAAAUACCUGGAGAAUGUUAGUAGCAAUGCUGACAGGUACAAUGGUUUUAAUCUUUUGGUUGGAACAUUGUCCAAAGGUGGAGACUCCAAAGUUGGAUGGUAUUGUAAUGUUGAAGAGAAAGCUGUUAAGAUGUUGAGUCCUGGAAUUCAUGUCUUGUCAAAUAAAGUACUUAACUGUUCCUGGCCAAAGAUGGUUUAUGGACGAAAAAGAUUUGCUGAUAUAUUAGGCCAAGUUUACACUAAACAGGAACUUAUUGAUAAGCUGAUUGGUCUUCUUACUGUGCGGGACAGGUUAGUUUAAUUCAGAUUAAUGUGAUAUUUGGUGCAAUGCUGUGAACAAAGCUAUGAUCCACAGCUUUCAAAGCUUCACAGCUCAAAGCCUUGCAUUAGGAGGUUAACGAUAUUGCCAUCAAUGAGAGGAUGAUCUUUAAAUCGUCAUAUUAGGUUCAUUUCAAGAUUAUGUGCUUUCCGAAGAGAAAUAGUAUUUGUUCUGAAUUUGGCUAUUACCUGUAAGGUGAAUAAAACCAACUGCUCCUCUAUUUGACCGUUCUUUAUUGCACAAGUUUCUUUUCUUCCACAACAGCGACACAACACAAGUCACUUUUUGUUGAUUUUGAUGGAGUAGUCAUGCCGAUCAUGUGACGAUGCAAGCCGCCAAUUGUGAUUUGUCUUUUCUAAUCUUAGCAAGAUGAAUUUCCUUCACCUCUGAAACAACACUAAAUCUAACAAUUGAAAAAUCUAGAUGGAAAUUUGCACUGGGAGAAUGGUGUUAAUAAAUGUUCAUGCCGUAAAGUAAGAAAAUGUGUAUGAAAUGUACCAAAGGUUAUUUCAAUUUAUUUUAGCCAGAAAUGAUUGCUGUUAACAAUAUGGUGGCCACAAAAACAUCCAUUUGACCCUUCUAAACACGAGAUAUUUUAAAACAAUGAAACAAAUAACUGCUGUGUGAUGUUGGCAGGGUAAAGCAAAAGUCGAGCUAGUUUAAAAUACUCCUAUUCUCAAAUGGCUGUUUAAAACUUAUUCAGACACCUGCUGCUGGCAACUAGCCUUGAAUUUCUGGUCACCAGCUCUCAAUGUUAUUUCCAGGCACGUUGGUGAUAAUUUUGAACCCCACUGGUUUAUGCCACGUAUGAAUGAGAUUUCUUAUUUAUUUACAAAAUGACUUUUUAAGGUGAAGGGUAUGAAAUUGCAUCAAGAUAUAGUGUCUAACAAGCCCUCUCAGUGUCAUAUAUGUAUGUGCUAUCUACAGCAUAUGGCAAAGCAAUGUUGUGGUAGCUGGCAGUUAAAGACAAUGCUGACAGAUUCUUAUUCCAUAAAUUUUUAGAUCUUUCACUUGUGGUGAUGAAACCAGUUUCAUUGGUCCCCAAGAUGAAGGAUGUAACAUGAAUAUGGUCAAUGCUUGCCGAGCAAUCUUUGUCAACUGCAAGGAAAUCAAAUAUGGAACAAGGUACAUUUGUACACAGUAGUCUAAAAUUACAUUGUUUUGAAUAUAUUGUAAAGCUUGUGGACUUUUGGUGAUGUUUAUUUAACUGGUUCAAUAACAGUAAAGUACUAAAUAGGACAUUAUUAACACUGUUGAUUAAGUUCAUGAGGUUAAAGCAAUUUAUGGAGGAUGGGGAAAGAGAGACCUUUUAAUUAUGGUAGAUUAAAAAAUAAAAUAAAAUAAAAUAUAUUCUGUAUUAUUCUCUCCCCAUUAAUUGGGAGGGUCCACAUUAAUUAAUAGGUUUGGCUGGAUGCAGGAUUUGGUCAUUUUUUGGUGGUGAUAAUACAGAUGUAAGCUGAAGCAGGAAGUGGGAAUUUUAAUGAUCGGGAGUGGGAUUUCCCGUUUUUAUGGGUCUGGGUUGCAAGAAUUAUAAGGGAAAAGUGUAUAGCAGGAUAUGGGAAUUUUUUGUUGUCUUGCUGGCCCUAUUUUAAAGAUUUGACUGAAACCUAAAACUGCAAAAAAGUCUUUGGUGUUUUCCAAGAAUUUUCUUCUAAGCAAUCUUUUUGCUUCACAUUUGAUAAAGCCUCUUUUUACUUCCUGGAGGGUGACUCAUGGUAAAGUAUGUAUAUUGAAAGGACUGUCGGUGGGCUUGUAGUGAGUUUUUCUUUGAAUCUUUCUCCUUUGAAAACCACCCUGUCAGGGAAAGUUGUGUUUGGAUAUUUUGACUGGGAAUUUUGUGGCUGCAGAUGGAAUGCACUAGCUUGCAGACCAUAUACACAGUGUAUAGAUACUAAUCUUCUUAGUCCCAAAGGGGGGAAAUGUCAUUAAAUGCUACACCUGUACAUUUCCAUUAUCUUGAAUCAGUAUCACUUUGCUUGUUUUUCAAAAAAGCAGGACUCAAAAUAAUGAAGCUAACAAUUUUUUUUUUGCAACUGAUAUGUGGACAAAACAACAAGCAAAAACAGAAAAAAAAUGCUACAGUUGCUGGUAGCCAUGUUGAGAAACUUCAACAUCAAAGCUCCCCCAGACCCCAUUGCAUAAAAUGAGUAUUUAACAAUGAAACUUGCAAAAACGUUUGUGCAGGAUCAGGAUUUAAUUAGAUGUAAAGGAGUGCAUGGAAACUCUGUGUGCACUUAUUUACAAGAAUCCUCAAAAAUUUCCAGAAAAGAAACUGCUAAAAUUUUCAUGAAAUGGGUUCCAAAAAAACACACUUCUAGCUUCAUACAGAAGAGGAUUGAAAUGCAUGCUCCAUAGAUUGGUUGUGAUCAGUAGCCAAUAGGAAAGCAAUUAUUAUAAUUUUAUGAUCGUAGUAAUGUUCAAGGUCAAAGCUCAGUGGAAAGAACGGUUGUACUGUUCUUGUCUUGGUAAAGCAACUAAGCACAAAGCUGACAAAGCAACUGGUGAGGUUCACGUGGAGAAUCAAAACCAUGGUCCAAUGCCUGAUCACAAAGUGGCAAAGAACAGAACAGUCCAAAGACUGAAAGUGAAGAAUGAUCAUCACAGUAAAUUUUCCAAUUUAAGCAAUUGGAAAGAAGAAGCCUGAAAAAAAGUCAGGGCUUCAACAGGAUUCGAACCCGUGACCUCCGCGUUACCGGUGCGUUGCUCUACCAACUGAGCUAUGAAGCCACACAUUGGGAGCGAGGUCAAUUUAUUGAGUUCAUAUAUCUCCCGUGAGGAGUGAAAUGAUGUGAAGUAUAUAUGAAAUAAUUCAUUUUUGAACUGUGGUUGUAGAUGAAAGUGAAGAAUGAUCAUUGCAGUAAAUUGUCCAAUUUAAGCAAUGGAAAGAGGUCACGGGUUCAAAUCCCGUUGAAGCCCUGAUUUUUUUUUCCAGGCUUCUUCUUUCCAAUUGCUUAAAUUGGAAAAUUUACUGCGAUGAUCAUUCUUCACUUUCAUCUACAACCGCAGUUCAAAAAUGAAUUAUUUCAUAUAUACUUCACAUCAGUCCAAAGACUGUUCAGCUUAUUCAAAAGCUAUGAAAGGGAAAAACUACGUGCUCCAGUCAAAAGUACGUCUCACAUUUUUUAUAGAAAAACAAGUUGGAGUUUACUGAGUCACGAUGCAAUUUUCCAUAGUUGAUGUAGCUUCAGUUUAAGCUGCAAUUUAUUCAUAUAAUUUUGGAUCUGUGAAUCACUAUCUGUGAUUAUGUAACAUCCCACAAAGAAAACUAAUGAGCUGGGCCCAGUGUGAUACAAAAAAUUUGCAGAAAUGUUGUGGCUUAAAACAUCACACUCACAGACUAAAGAAAGUUGCUUAGUUAUUCAGAUCCAGAAGGCACUUUGGUGAAACUCGAAACCCUUAUUCAGCCACAAUAAAAAGCUUUACGCUUCAAAAGAGGUGAAAGAAACUGCUUUUGCACUAGAGGGCAAAUCCUGCCGACCAAAAACAAAAGUAACAGAAAAUCUAUGUGUGCCAUGACCUCUCAGUGUAAAACCACAGGCGGCCCAGAUGUAGUAUGUGUCAAAUGAAUAUGUUAAUAUUCACAUGGACAAAAUAGGAUGAGUUGUUGAAACUCCCAUGAACUAAAAUAGUCCAAAAGUCAAAAUAUAACAAAACAAAGCUAAGAUACCUUUAACUGAACGUAUCCUUGUCUUUCCUGGCCGGUUAAAGUGGCAUUUUGUUGAGUUUUGCAAUUGUAGGUACUAUCCACUAAAGAAGAAUUAAAGGCUGGCUACAAAACAAAUGGACCAUCUCCACGCGCCUUCAUGCAAAGCGCUAUAAAUUCGAGAAUAAUUGACGAAUCCGCUUGAAAUUGCCAUCGGCUAAUUUGUCGGUUACGUGCGCUCCUGCUUCUUGCUCGCUGGCUCCACAAAACCCUUUGCAACUGCACAAUAAUCGCUUGCUCAUCAACAAACACUGUUGGCCUUUAUGCUUCGAUAUGACUGCAAACUAUCAGGUUGAAUACGCCACGUGAAUAUUCAAGCUUAGCGACCACAUCCGCACGACAAUGCAGCACUUGCUAUGGGAGGGAUGGUACCAUUGCUUCGAGGUCAAUCGACACUGAGCGAUGGUCCCCUGUGUUAGUUUUGGCCAGAAAACAAAAGGCGAUCGUGCGAUCGUCCGUAAGUUUUCAACGGGGCGGCCUUGGUUUUCAAGUUUGAAUUCUUCUAACGUUCGCUGUCACAGCCGCUGUAACAUUGUUCGUCCAGCCGCUUGCAUAGGUUCUUGACUCUACAAUUUGUUGUCCAAACUGGUGAGGGAGGACAAGGAUUUUCCGCCCAGGAAAAAGGCAAAAUCUGUCAAAUUUGUAUCUCAGUGUUCGGCCAUUCUAUGGGAACUUGUGUCUUUUAGAAAUUACGAGGAAAUCAGUAUUAUUUUUCCGAAAAUUUUAGAUGCAAUUUAACGUAUUACCAAGGAGAUAAUUUUUCAGAUUCCUUCUUUCAUCACGUUUUUGAAUCCAAAAAUUUUAGGAUUCCUUUUUACUCACUACAAAAAAUAGCCUAACCUGGGGAGUGAAAUGUGGAAAAUUAAACUUCAGAAAAUCAUAGGGAAUUUAUUAGCAAGAUUAGAUGAGCUUCGAAAAUUUUACAUGAAUGGAAUGGUCAUCUAAAAAUUUUUAGCCAAGUGAAAGAAAAUUCGAGGCAAAAUUUGCUUCUCCAAACAGAUAUUUUACAGAAAACAGUUGUUGGAUGCUCUUGGCCAGAACUGUGAAAAACAACAAUAGGUCUAAUUACAGCACACUUUCUUGUACAUUUCCUUGUCGUUGAUUUGCAUGACUGCAACGUGAAACGUCCAGAGAACUGUGUGGUACAUGUUCUUGUUCACAUCUUCCACUGCCGCUUAUUUUUUUUAGCUCCACUAUAAGAUUUGUAUCUGUUCGGUGAUCCUAGGGUAAAUUGGAUCUUUUUGAAAAUUACAAAGGCUUCAAUAUUAUUUUCCUGAUUGAUUGACUUAGAAGCAAUAGUACCAUCCCUCCCAUAGCAAGUGUUUCAUUGUUGCAUGGAGGAGGUCGCUAACCUUGAAUAUUCACGUCGCGUAUUAAACCUGGUAGUUUGUGGUCAUAUCGAAGCGUAAAGGUCAACAGUGUUUGUUGAUGAGCAAGCGAUUAUUGUGCAGUUGCGAUGGGUUUUGUGGAGCCAAUGAGCAAGAAGCAGGAGCACACGUUACCUGCAGAUUAGCCCAUGGCAAUUUGGAGCGGAUUCGUCGAUUAUUCUUGAAUUUAUAGCGCUUUGCGUGAAGGCGUGUGGAGAUGGUCCGUUUGUUUUGUAGCCAGCCAUUAAAAAUAUUCUUCUUUAGUGGAUAGUACCUACAAUUGCAAAACUCAACAAAAUGCCACUUUAACCGGCCAGGAAAGACAAGGAUACGUUCAGUUAAAGGUAUCCUAGCUUUGUUUUGUUAUAUUUUGACUUUUGGACUAUUUUAGUUCAUGGGAGUUUCGACGACUCAUCCUAUUUUGUCCAUGUGAAUAUUAACAUAUUCGUUUGACACAUACUAUGUCUGGGCCACCUGUGGUAAAACUGGCUAAAAUCACAUGUUCUCAGUCAAAAUAGAACCUUCCAGAGCAUAAUCUACCCAGCCAAGGAAAAAGCGUAUUGUAACAAGCAGCAUGUUGGCCUUAGGUAAAAGUCUUGUAGGCCUGUUGCCCUCUUUUAUUAGUAUUAUUAAGCCUAACAAAUUCAGUGAAGGUGGGAAUUAGGUGGGAUUUGAGAACCCUAUUGUUGACCAUCACUUUGGGCUUUCCAGGGAUAAAUAAAUGAAACAAAAUUAAUCAUUCAAAUGGAACUGCUGGAAGGAGGCAAGUCAGUUGGUUGCCAAGGUUUUGAAUUCAGGACUACUCAGAACAAAUCCAGCCAUUAGACGUCAGGGUGUGACUAAUUGAACUGGGUGCCUUGUGUUCUAUAGCGGUGCAUGGGUCAAAAACGAAAAUACAGGUCACUUUUCCACAAGUCUGAGUACAGGUCACCAUGAUAAAGAUAAAUGAAUAGCAUUAAAAGUGUCUCCUAGCUCUAUUAGAUUGAGGGGAAUCUGCGUGGUUUGGUAAUUUAUCGAUGAAGCAGUGACCCGUACCGUUGACCUGUGGAAUGUGACUGACCUGUACUCUAGACCCAGCUGUUCUAUAGUAAUCGCAUGGCCAACCAUGUUGCCUCUGCACAUACAUUUAUCGGUUAAAGCAUUAUUGUUGGUUUUCAUUUUAGGACAAACACUGUGGUGUUGGUAGAUGCUGUUGGUCAUGUCACAUAUGUGGAACGUUCUAUGGAAGAUGGUGCUACUGAUCCAGAUAAGGCUGAGUGGAGACUGGCAACUCAUGAAUUUGAUAUCCAGGAAAAUAAUGACUGGACAGGAACAGGGCUUUUACUGGAUACAACAGCUAAGGAAAACAUUCCAAACAAAUCAGUAGAAAACAUUACUAAUUCCAAACCAGCUGCAAGAGAUGAUCAAGAGCAUUUUAGAAAAGCUGCAAAGAAGAGGCCAUUAACAAAUGGAUGCAGCAGAUCAGCGAUGGAACCAGCAGAUAAAGUUACUAUGCAGAAGAAAAAAGAAUGAAUAUAAUAGUGGUUGUUGAAAAUAUAUUAUUGGAAGUAAAGUUUGCCUUUAUAUUUAAAAAGAUGUUAUAACUGAUAUGAUGGUUAUUAAGAUAAAGAUUUUAAAAGCAAGGACUGUGGUGCAAAAAUAUAUAUAUAUAGUAUUUAAAUUAGCAAUAUUUUGGGAACUGUUUUAUUGCCACAAUGAUUACGGUUGAUGUUUUCUCUUUUUAUUGUUAUGGAUCUUAGCAUCUAAAGAUAAGACAAUUCUCUGUGUGAGUUUAUAGAGAUGGCUCCAUUAAAGCAUAUCGUGGAGAAAGUGCAAAAUGUCUUUGGUGUUUACUUUGUCCAGAAAAAUUAUGUCUGAUUACAGUUAACAUUUUAAUCACUGCCUAUUUUUAAACCAAGCUUUUAAAAAAGGGAGGAUGGCCAAGAGUCAACGUUUUAUGUGUCGGGAUUAUCAACCUAAGACCCGGCACAUUGUCAGAAAGAGCACACCAAGCUAUAUAAAUUAAAUCCACAAUGUUGGUGUUGAUUAAUCAUCAUUAUUGAACAAGAUAAAGCUAUUUAAAAACUUGAUUUUACUACACAGUGAACAGACGUUUUUCAUUUCUUCUAAAUUUUUUAGUUUUGAAUGCCUGUUAUUGUUCAAUGUUAGCCUCACUGAUGAAUACCAAAUAGGAGGAAUUUAAUAUAAAUCUCAGUUUCCUCUUUGUAGGCAGGGGUAAGUGGGUGUUGUCUAAUGCUUAGACCGCUUUGGUUUGUUGUUUUUUUAGGCAUCAAGGGACUGUUAUUUGUUACAAGAAGUCCAGAUAUGCUAACCCUAAGAUACAGGAGACCUGCGGGACCUUGAAUGUCCUCGAAUUUUAAAAUAAAAAUUUAAAGUCUUGAAAGUCCCUGAAAAUUGCAGUCGGUGCUGGAAAUUGAGCCCUUGAAUUUCAAUGCUAACUUAGUUUAUUAAAGGGAAAUGCAAAGGAAAAGGAGCAAUCACAGAAAGACCUUCGAGAUGAAAUUCCUCGCGUUGUGGAAGAACUAAAAAAGAUAUAGACUCUUAACAUUUUUUUUUGCACUAAAAA